GCGGCAGCGAUUACCACCACCACCACCGGGCCCCCGAGCACAGCCUGGCCGGUCCCCUGCACCCCACCAUGACCAUGGCCUGCGAGACUCCCCCAGGUAUGAGCAUGCCCACCACCUACACCACCUUGACCCCUCUGCAGCCGCUGCCGCCCAUCUCCACAGUAUCGGACAAGUUCCCCCACCAUCACCACCACCACCAUCACCACCACCACCCGCACCACCACCAGCGCCUGGCGGGCAACGUGAGCGGUAGCUUCACGCUCAUGAGGGAUGAGCGCGGGCUGGCCUCCAUGAAUAACCUCUAUACCCCCUACCACAAGGACGUGGCCGGCAUGGGCCAGAGCCUCUCGCCCCUCUCCAGCUCCGGUCUGGGCAGCAUCCACAACUCCCAGCAAGGGCUCCCCCACUAUGCCCACCCGGGGGCCGCCAUGCCCACCGACAAGAUGCUCACCCCCAACGGCUUCGAAGCCCACCACCCGGCCAUGCUCGGCCGCCACGGGGAGCAGCACCUCACGCCCACCUCGGCCGGCAUGGUGCCCAUCAACGGCCUUCCUCCGCACCAUCCCCACGCCCACCUGAACACCCAGGGCCACGGGCAGCUCCUGGGCACAGCCCGGGAGCCCAACCCUUCGGUGACCGGCGCGCAGGUCAGCAAUGGAAGUAAUUCAGGGCAGAUGGAAGAGAUCAAUACCAAAGAGGUGGCGCAGCGUAUCACCACCGAGCUCAAGCGCUACAGCAUCCCACAGGCCAUCUUCGCGCAGAGGGUGCUCUGCCGCUCCCAGGGGACCCUCUCGGACCUGCUGCGCAACCCCAAACCCUGGAGCAAACUCAAAUCCGGCCGGGAGACCUUCCGGAGGAUGUGGAAGUGGCUGCAGGAGCCGGAGUUCCAGCGCAUGUCCGCGCUCCGCUUAGCAGCAUGUAAAAGGAAAGAACAAGAACAUGGGAAGGAUAGAGGCAACACACCCAAAAAGCCCAGGUUGGUCUUCACAGAUGUCCAGCGUCGAACUCUACAUGCAAUAUUCAAGGAAAAUAAGCGUCCAUCCAAAGAAUUGCAAAUCACCAUUUCCCAGCAGCUGGGGUUGGAGUUGAGCACUGUCAGCAACUUCUUCAUGAACGCAAGGAGGAGGAGUCUGGACAAGUGGCAGGACGAGGGCAGCUCCAAUUCAGGCAACUCAUCUUCUUCAUCAAGCACUUGUACCAAAGCAUGAAGGAAGAACCACAAACUAAAACCUCGGUGGAAAAGCUUUAAAUU